ACAUCGAUAUUUGAGUUGAGACACGACAAAUUUAGAUUGUGAUGUGGGAUGGUCAAACUCUUUAAAAAUGUCAAUUUUGUAUAAUUUUAUUUAAGUUUUUAUAAAUCCUAUUAGUGAUUAGAAACCACAGGAGAGAUGGAUCCGUGGGUGAUAACUCCCCAGGAGAGGGCGCGGUUCGAGGUGCAAUUCAAUGCACUGAAACCAAUAAAUGGCAUCGUCACAGGUGGACAGGCCAGGGACUUUUUCCUCCAGUCCCAACUACCAGCACCAGUACUCGGCAUUAUAUGGGGUCUGGCAGACACUGAUGCCGACGGAAAAAUGAACAUCAAUGAGUUCAGUAUAGCCUGCAAAUUGAUAAAUUUGAAAUUAAGGGGCUUUGAUAUGCCACAAGCCUUGCCACCUAAUAUGCUACAGUUUUUCCAGCCAGCAGCCGUAGCUCCAGAAUUUUAUUGUACAAUUAUUAUUACAGGAGAGAUGGAUCCGUGGGUGAUAACUCCCCAGGAGAGGGCGCGGUUCGAGGUGCAAUUCAAUGCACUGAAACCAAUAAAUGGCAUCGUCACAGGUGGACAGGCCAGGGACUUUUUCCUCCAGUCCCAACUACCAGCACCAGUACUCGGCAUUAUAUGGGGUCUGGCAGACACUGAUGCCGAUGGAAAAAUGAACAUCAAUGAGUUCAGUAUAGCCUGCAAAUUGAUAAAUUUGAAAUUAAGGGGCUUUGAUAUGCCACAAGCCUUGCCACCCAACAUGCUACAGUUUUUUCAGCCGGCAGCCGUAGCUCCAGGCGUGCCGGCGUCUAACGCGGCUCUGUUGUCGGGAAUGGUGCCGCCUCCAAAGCCGCCUCUACCGGCCGCCCCCAGUCCGAUCCCUGCGGCCGCCUCCAAGAUCAUCUCGCCGCCUUCCGGAGGCGGCACUCCCAACCUCUUGUCUCCCACUGGUAUCCUUUCUCCUCCGCUGGUAGCUCCCUCUCCUGCUCCCCUAGUCACUGCCCCCCUAGUUUCUGCUCCCCUGAUUGGGGGCGGGGUGCCGCCUCCCAUUCCUCCCGCCCCCGUUGUUCCUCUGGCCGGCCUCGCGUCGGUCACACCGCCUUCCACCAUUGGCAUUCCGUCUAUGACCGCUCAGCCACUCGCUGGAAUCGUGCCAACUGUUAACGGAGCUGCGUCUAUACCGGCAGCAGUUGUACCCGGCGUACCUCCAGUCGAGAGAGUUGGAUCAAUCGAGUCACCAUUGGCUUCUGGAUCGCCGUUGGUAGAGUGGUCGGUACCACACCCGUCAAAGCUGAAAUACACGCAACUUUUCAACACCACAGAUCGCACCAGGUCUGGAUACCUGUCUGGAGUUCAAGCCCGAAACAUAAUGGUCGCCUCUCAGCUGCCGCAACCUGUUCUAGCUCAAAUUUGGGGUCUGUCCGAUAUGGACGCCGAUGGAAAGCUGUCCUGCGAGGAGUUUGUGCUGGCCAUGCACUUGUGCGACUUGGCCAGGAGUGGGGAGAAGAUCCCGGUGCCCCUCCCCCCUGACCUCAUUCCCCCCACCCUGCGGCGGCAGCGACAGAACAGUGUCAACAGCGAACAGGGUGAUCCGCUGGCGGGCAUAUCUCAAGUUACAUUUGAAGAUAAGCGCAAAGAGAACUACGAGAAAGGACAGGCGGAGUUGGAUAGACGAAGGAAGGCGCUUUUGGAAAUUCAGCGGAAGGAACAAGAGGAGCGAGAGAGAAAGGAACGCGAAGAACAAGAGAAGAAGGAGAAAAUCAGAUUGGAGCAGGAACGCCGGAGACAGCAGGAGUUUGAGAAGCAGCUGCAAAUGCAACGCGAGUUGGAACAGCAGAGAGAGGAAGAACGCAGGCGGGCUCAGGAGCAACGCGAAGCUGCUAGAAGAGAAAUGGAGAGACAGCGUCAGUUGGAGAUGGAAAAAGCUCGUAGUCAAGAACUGCAGGCUCAGCGCCAGAGGGAACAGGAAACUGUCCUGAAACUGAAAGCACACAACCAGAAUCUGAGCAUCGAGUUGUCGCAACUUAACGAAAAGGUGAAAGAGCUGUCGCAGAAGAUCAGCGAGACGCGUUCGGGCGUGACGAGCGUGAAGACAACGAUCGACGGCAUGCGUAGCACACGCGACACGCAGCUGAGCGAGAUGUCGCAGCUGAAGGCCAAACUGAAGGAGCACAACACGCGGCUGGUGGCCAUCAGCCAGGAGAAGGCGCGACUCGAGGCGCGUAACAAGAUGAACCUGGCCGGCGACGCUGCCAGUCAGGAACAGGCCAAGAUCGCUUUCAACAACAAGCAGAUCGCGCUCAAACAGAUGCGCGACAAGAUACAGGAUAUGGAGAAAGAGAUCGAAUUGAAACUGGAAGACAUAGAAAACAAUAACACUCAACUGAGUGAUCUGAAAAGCCAGCUUGGAUCAUUGAUUACAGAUUGUGAACAAAUAUAUGUUGUUUACGACGAGAAACGAAAUGCCAUUGUGAAAAUGAAAGGUGGCCGUACCCAGGACAUGUCAGCCGGGUGGGGCAACGAGGCUUGGGACGCUGCACCGGCUGCCUGGCCUGAGGACAACAUUGCGCCCGAGCCCGGCUACAGGAAGUAUCGCGCCCUCUACGAGUUUGUCGCCCGCAACGGCGAUGAGCUGUCCUUCCAGCCUGGCGAUAUUAUUAUGGUACCUCUGGAACAGAACGCGGAGCCCGGCUGGCUGGCGGGCGAGCUGCGAGGUGCCACAGGGUGGUUCCCCGAGUCCUACGUGGAGCUGAUUGACACGGCGACAGCCGACGGGCAGAUGACGGCCGCUGAGACUGAGGCUAUGCAGAAACGACAUCUUGAGGGCAUAGCUGAGGUGCCAGAGAACAUAUCGGACAACGGAUCAGCAGUGCUUGAGGUGGCCGCCUCGAGCGGAGGGGACGCUGGGGGGGCGCAAGGGCCGGCGGUGGGGGAAAUGCCCUCGCUGGUGCUCGGACUGGGCACGGCCGUAGAACUCACUGUGGUCGCCCUCUACAACUUUGCUCCCUCCGAUCCCCGGCAGCUGGCUUUCGCCAAGGGCGAUCAGUUCGAGGUUACUGAGAAUCAGGAUAAAUGGUGGUAUGGCUCUGUGAAUGGCGCGGAAGGCUGGUUCCCUAAGAACUACGUUAAGCUGGCAACUGAACCAGUUGCAGCUGUCCAGGCAACAAUACCUGCAGCCUCUGACGGUGCCAUUCCUGAAGACCAACAAGAAUACUACGUGUCGCUAUACCCGUAUCAGUCGGAGGAGGCCGGCGACUUGAGCUUCAAACAGGGCGAGGUGAUGCUGGUGGUGAAGAUGGAGGGUGAUUGGUGGACCGGAGUCAUCGGAGACCGCACCGGAAUAUUCCCCUCCAACUAUGUGCAGAAAAGCCGACCAACAGGUGCAGCAGCCUGUUGUUCCAACACCCAUCCCGCUAGAUCCCCCGCUGCAGAAGUUGCUGCUUUAACAGCUCAAUCACCGACAAAAGAGGUUAUAAUUACCAAUUUUUCAAGGAGCACCAAAGGAGGCAAGAAGCCAGAAAUAGCCACCGUGAUCGCUCCCUAUCAGGCAACUAGUACCGAGCAGCUGAGUCUCCAACGAGGCCAACUCAUCAUGAUCAGAAAGAAAACCACCACCGGCUGGUGGGAGGGUGAAUUGCAGGCGAAAGGAAAGAAGCGUCAGAUCGGUUGGUUUCCGGCUUCCUAUGUGAAGACGCUUGGCGGGGGCGGGACGGGCCGAACCACCCCCCUGCAGUGCAAGACCCCCGAUCCCAUGCCUCCUGUCGACAAUCCUGGCGCUGAGCGAGUGAUAGCGCAGUACCAGUACGUGGCCCAGAACGAGGACGAGCUGAGUUUCGACAAGGAUGACAUCAUAGUGGUGAUCAGUCGCGAUGAGCCAUCCUGGUGGAGAGGCGAGCUGCGUGGAGCCACUGGCCUCUUCCCCUCCAACUACGUCACUCCUCUAUUAGAUAGUUCAACAAGUGGCAUGACAAUGAACCACGACGAAAGAAAAAGACAGCAAGCCAUCAAGGAGUUGAUCACCACAGAACAGGCUUAUAUAGAUGAUAUGUCGGUUGUUCAUGACGUGUUUGAAAAACCAUUGAUUGAAAGUAAAAUAAUCUCUCCAGAACAAGUCAACAAAAUUUUUGUCAAUUGGAGAGAAAUCAUAGUGUGCAAUUUUAUGUUCCUAAGGGCUUUGAGGGUCCGUCGAGAUAUGAGUCAAGGUGGCAUUAUACGGAUGAUUGGUGACAUUUUAUGCGAAAAUUUGCCACGGAUGACGGGGUACGUGCGUUUCUGCAGCUGUCAGCUGUCAGCGGCGUCUCUGCUGCAGAGUCUGACAGAGGAGUCAGUGGCCUUCAAACAGCUGUCCAAAAAGUGUCAGACCGAUCGAACCAAAGGUUUGCCACUCAGCUCGUUCCUUGUCAAACCCAUGCAGCGCAUCACCAAAUAUCCCCUUCUCAUAAAAAAGAUACUUGAACACACACCCUCGGAUCAUCCAGAUAGAUUGUACUUGGAAGAAGCAUUGACAAAAGCUGAGGAAUUUUUAGUGCAGGUAAAUGAAGGUGUAGCUGAAAAGGAGAACUCCGAACGACUUGAAUGGCUGCAAACGCAUGUGCUUUGUGAAGGGCUUGAUGAGCCUCUCAUUUUUAAUUCCAUGACCAAUACUCUUGGACCUAGAAAAUUCAUUCACUACGGAGUUCUUACAAAGACAAAAAGUGGGAAGCAACUGGUUGGAUUCUUACUGAAUGACUUCCUUCUGCUGGCCCAACCUCACAGGCCGCUUGUCGACAAUCAGUUCAACUUUGAACGAUAUUCGAAUUGUGUAUUCAGAAUAUACAAAGAGCCUUUACUUCUGAUUGACACUGCAAUCCAUAACAGUCCAAGCAGUCCAGACUUGAUAGAACUGAAACUGGAGUACAAUAAGAUUGUCUACAAUCUGAGUGCAAACAGUGUUAACGAGAGAAAUCUGUGGCUGAAGAAGAUCGGUGAGGCACAGAAAGAGUUGAUGCACCGUCAAAAGUGUCAUCUUCAGAGGCAGCAAUCGAAACAAGCGAAAUUCGGAGCAGUCGGCAGAAUUCUUGUAGCUGUUUUGGAAGGAAGAAGUCUGAAACCAUCCCCUGCUGCUGGCAAGCGCGGAGUUUUCUGUGAAGUGAGCAUGGGCUCCCAGGAGCACCGCACCCCUCUCACGUCACCCACCGAGCCCAAGUGGAAUGCGUCGAUGCAGUUCCUUGUCAAAGACGUAAUGGAGGAUGUGCUCUGUGUAACCGUAUUCGACAAGGGACACUAUUCGCCUGAUGAAUUUUUGGGAAGAACUGAGUUGAGAGUGAGUGAUAUUCUGGAUGUGACAAGGGAUACACCAGGACCAAUCACCCGGUGGCUACCUCUAUAUGAAGUCGAAUCUGGACAGAUCUCCCUCAAAAUAAGUCUGGUUUUAUUCGAAAAAUAAAAGACAGCUCUUCAUCGAGUCAACGAACAAGGCUGAGAAUAAGUUCAAUCAAAAUAGAAGAUGAUAAUGUUUUUCGGGCAGCACCUUAUGCCUUAGGGGUGAACGAAGUAGAAAAACUACGGUACCUUGCUUUACGGUAAGCGGAGUUGAAAAGCCUCUGAAGGAUCUCCUUUGGCUCAAUGUCAUUCAUUUCUCAUUGGAAAACACUUUCUUGGUUCACGAACCACCGUACUUAUCCAAACUAAAUUACAGUUUACCUCAUCACACAUUAUACACAGUGUGUUGUCUUGGAAACUUUCUAUAAGCUUCUUUAUAAAAUCUGAUGAAUUCUGAAAACUGAGAAUUCAGAAAACUGAAUUCAGAAAUCUGAUGAAAACUGAAGCG